AUGCGGGCGUUAAAGUUGGCGCUGGAGUCAUCGAAGCUGGCGCUGGCAAGGAGCAGCCAAGCAAUUGAGAAACCCGACAACAACAACAACAAGGAGAACUGCAAGCUACAAGGUGCACCCACUAAUUAUAUAGCACGUCGCACCUGGAUAACAACGGACCGCAUGAACGAGCUGAGACGCAAAGCUCAGGAGGCGGCGAAGCAGAAUAAGAUCUUCACCAUACGCGGCUGCUUUCACUCGGUGCGUAAUGCUCUGCUCGCCCGAGGCUGGGUCGAGAAGUUGGAUGUGCAUCGUAAGGUGCUGCCCUUGGGUCAGAUGACCUUCGAGGAUCUGACGCAGCGUCUGCCCAAGCGCAAGGCAGGUGAGACGAGGCGUCAGUAUGUGCUCAAAUGCGAACGGAAUAUCAUGUCGAGAUUUCUGGAGCAUAUGCCAGUGGAUUUCCUCUGGACGAACCGUAAGGAGAAAUGCGAUUAUAUUGAUCAGGCCAAGAAUCCAGGCAUGGCCAUCAAUAAGUUCCAUCGUGCUCCGUUUACCUCGAAGGAGGGCUUGUGCAGUCAGCUGAGAGAUUUCCAUUGGUUCUUCGAGGAGGGCAUGGCCGAGAUGUACUUUCCGCGCUGCUACAAUGUCUGGAGUCCCGAGGAGCUGGGCGAAUUUGUAGACAACUUCAAGCUGACGGCCUGUGUGGCCUACUUGCGUGCCAUGUUGUGCAAGUACCAUAAGCAGGGCUCCGAUUCGGUAUUCUCGCCCAGCGGCAAGAUACCCUAUUCCUCCAUAGACUUCGCCUACAAGCGGCUGGUCGACUACAUCGACAGCUGCCAGCACAACGAUAUCGACUAUGAGGAUCCGCCCAAGAUAUGGGAGCACGACUGGGAUGCAUUCCUCUAUCAGCAUCAGCAGCUGGUCAACGAGGAUGCACGCAUCCAGCACGAUGGACAGCGCACGCUCGAGCACAUGGUCAAGAGCUGCAUCACUCUGGUCGAGAAGAUGAAGGUGCACUGGCCACAGUACAGCCUGGAUGGCUAUCAGAACUUGUGGAUCGUCAAGCCGGCCAAUAAGUGCCGAGGGCGUGGCAUACUCCUCAUGGAUAAUCUAAAGAAGAUCUUGGGCGUUGUGAAUCCAUCGAUAGCCUCCAAGAGUCGUUACGUCGUGCAGAAGUAUAUAGAACGCCCUCUUAUAGUCUUCCAAACCAAGUUCGAUAUACGCCAAUGGUUUCUGAUAACCAACACUCAGCCCCUGGUGGUCUGGUUCUAUCGGGAGAGCUAUCUGCGUUUCAGUUCGCAGGAAUACAGCCUGAGCAAUCACCACGAAUCGGUGCAUCUCACCAACUAUGCGAUACAGAAGAAGUAUACGAAUGGCAAGCGGGACAAGCGGCUGCCCAGCGAAAAUAUGUGGGAUUGUUAUUCGUUCCAGGCCUAUCUCAGGCAGAUCGGUAAAUCGAAUAUGUGGCUAGAUCGCAUAUAUCCGGGCAUGCGUAAGGCCAUUGUGGGCACUAUGUUGGCAUCGCAGGAGAACAUGGAUCGCAGGCCCAAUACCUUCGAACUAUUUGGCGCCGAUUUUAUGAUAUGCGAGAAUUUCUAUCCCUGGCUCAUAGAAAUCAAUUCAAGUCCAGAUCUGGGAGCGACGACCAGCGUGACAGCUCGCAUGUGUCCCAAGUGUUUGGAGGAUGUGGUCAAGGUUGUUAUCGACCGCCGCCUGGAUCCGAAGUCUGAUAUGGGCAACUUUGAGCUCGCCUAUCGCCAGGUGGUGCCGCCCACGCCCGCCUACAUGGGGCUGAAUCUGUUCGUCAAGGGCAAGCAGCUGCUGCAUAAGGCGAAUCAUGGCCAUGGCCAUUAUUACUAUCAGCAGCAGCGCAAGGAGCGCAGCUUGGCCACCAGCAGCGUCUUUCGGCAACGCUCCGCCAUUGUGCCAGCUGCCACGAUAUCGCGCAUUCACCGUGCCAUGCCCACCUUCAAUGCCACGGAGUAUAUGGAGAAGUAUAUGGUGGAGCCAUUGAGCAGCAGUCGCAGCAGCAUUAGCAGCACGCAGCCAGCAAGCAAUGUCAAAUCUACAACAGCAACAACAACAACUGCAGCAGUUGGCAUUGCUACACCCUGUCCGUAUCUGCUUAAGCAAGCGGGUCGCUCCAUUACGCAACUGCUAAGCGUCACCCACAAGCGCAAUGGCACCAUGGGCGUUGGGGCUGGUGCCGAGGCAGCUGCCAGCACCGCUUUGCCGCCGAAGCGCCAGCGCAGCUGCGGUCCACGCUUUGUCAAUCAGCAGCUGGAGGUGACGGAUAAAAAGUUCAAGAUACUCAUCAAGAACUAUGCCAAUCAGGCUGCUGAUAAUCUGCUCGAGAAACAGGAGCCUCCCAGUGCGCCGGCCACAGCUCCAGUCAUGGGCGAGCGCAAAUGGCGCAGUUUGCGCAACAUCAACAACAACAACAACAACAACGGCAACAGCAGCACCUGCAACAGCAACACUGCCACGAGCUGCUCCCGGCUCAGAGCUGCUCCCAAUUUGCUCGACAGCAAUUGCUCGCGUCGCUUUGCCCGCGCCAAAUCAGAAAUCGAAAGUUCGGCCAGCCUGCAUGCCAUCGGACGCACCUUUGGUCGCCGUUCGUAUGGACCACGGCUGCCCAUUAGCAUCUCGGUGCAGGCUCUGCAUCGCGGCGAGCCCAUUGUGACCGCCAUGAAGCAGGCCUCCAGCGAGCAGCUGCAGCUGCAACUCACCCAAACCCAAUCCCAAUCCCAUUCACAGUCCCAAGCCCACACCACGCCUCCCAUCAGUCCACGCAACGUUACACUGGCCAACAAACUAACGGUGCCAGCGCUGCCCACUUGUUGAACCACCACUGCCAUCACCUCAUCACUUUCACCCACCCACUGAAGCAUUGUCCAUGAAAACGUCUAUCCAAAUAUCUUGGGAAUUCUUUUUUGAA